AGGUAGAGCAGCUUCAAGGACUGGAGGAGGCUGAUAUCACCAAGUUUACAUUCACUCCUGUCCCUGUGAAGAGUGAAGAAAAUGAAGAAGAGAAACCUCAGUCCUCACAGCUUCAUCAAAGACUAACUGAACAGAUGAAAACAGAAGCUGAUGGAGAGGACUGUGGAGGACCAGAACCAGCCAGGAACUCAGAUCCAGAUAGACAUUUAAAACCAGCUGCUCCUGACAGGAUUUCAAACUCCUCUGAACCUGAGUCUGAUGAUAGUUUUGAUUGGGAGGAGAUCAGGAAACAAGCUGAAUGUGCUACAAGCUUUGACCACAAGGUACAUUUGCAGGAAAAUAAUGGAAUCCAAACAGGAGAGAAACUAUUUAGUUGCUCAAUCUGUGGCAGAAGAUUCCUCUGGAAGAAGUCCUUAAUGACUCAUAUGGUACUUCAUUCAGAAGGAAAAUGUUUCAGCUGCUCUGUUUGUAAAAAAACAUUUAAAUGCAGGGUAAAGUUUGUGAAGCAUGUGAGAUUUCACACAGUGGAGAAACGCUACGUUUGUUCCUUCUGUGGUAAAAGAUUCCCACACAACUCAAAUUUGACCCGACACUUAACAGUUCAUACUGGAGAAAAACCUUUCAGCUGCUCAGUCUGUAUAAAAAGUUUUGGUAACAGAGACACUUUGUCCCAACACAUGAGAGUCCACACAGGAGAGAAACCCUUCAGUUGUUCUCUCUGUGGUAGAAGAUACGCAAAUAAGUCACUUCUGAAAGAACACAUGAGAAUCCACACAGGAGAGAAACCAUUCACAUGUUCAGUUUGUAAAAGAAGUUUUCGUGUCAGAGACCAGUUGUCCAAACACAUGAGAAUCCACACAGGGGAGAAACCCUGCAGUUGUUCUGUCUGUGGUAAAAUAGUUGCAAAAAAGUCACGUCUGAAACAACAUAUGAGAAUCCACACAGGAGAAAAACCUUUCACAUGCUCAGUUUGUAAAAGAAGUUUUCGUGUCAGAGACCAUUUGUCCAGACACAUGAGAAUCCAGACUGGGAAGAAUCUAUUUAGUUGCUCUGUCUGUGGUAAAACAUGUGUUGGAAAUAUGAGUAGACAUAUGAAAACCCACAGAAAGGAGAAACCAUUUUGUUGCACUGUAUGUAAUAAAAGAUACACUCGGCUUGAGCAUCUUAAAAAGCACAAGUGUGCUGGUGAGAGCAGUGGAAGUAAAUGAAGCUGCAACUAAGGGCAAUACCAGUAGGUAUGGGCUACAUUACUGCAGGAAUCACUGUUUAAACUAAUCUGUAUAAAACUGAUCAAUGAACAGUA